GCACGCACAGAAAAUGAUAUUGUCCCACGCGCUACGCAAGCUAACAAAUUAUUGGAUGAAAGAGGAGAGAGAGAGAGAGAGAGAAACAUCAUAAGCGGAAUUUGGAGAUAGCUACGUUAACCGUUUUCGUCGCUCCUUCAGUUACUGGCUUCUUGUGUGUGGAGCAUCGUCACUUCCAUCUUUCUCUUUUUUUUCUUCCUUUGAACCCUCCUCUACCCUCCAUAUAUCAAUUUAUCAAUCUUCAAACAACAAUCCGUAUUCCAAAUAAUUAAUUAGAUAUAUGAAUAAUGAUGGCAUUCAUGAAGCAGGGGUCAAAGUCUGAACCUUUUCGUCGGGAAGGUCAAACGUGGGUGUGUACGACAGGACUACCAAGUGACGUGACCGUUGAAGUUGGCGAAAUCUCGUUUUUCCUCCACAAGUUUCCAUUGCUUUCUAGAAGUGGCCUACUGAAGAAACUUAUUGCAGAGUCCUCUAAUGAGGAUGGACCAAGUUGUGUUUUGCAACUUCAUGAUGUUCCCGGUGGAGCAACAACAUUUGAGGAUAUAACCAGCUUCUGCUACGGUGUAAAAAUAGAAAUCACAUCAUUAAAUGUAGUCAGCCUAAGAUGUGCAGCUGAGUACCUGCAAAUGACUGAAGAGUAUGGUGAAGGAAAUCUUGUUUCACAGACUGAGACUUUUCUCAAUGAAAUUUUCAGCAAUUGGCGAGAUUCCAUAAAAGCCCUUGAAACAUGUGAGGAAGUGCAACCCUUUGCGGAAGACCUCCAUAUAGUUUCAAGAUGCAUUGAUUCCUUAGCUAUGAAGGCUUGUUCAGAUCCGAACUUAUUCAGCUGGCCAGUGGCUGCACGUAAUUGCAAGCAAAAUCAAGCAGACAACCGUGCAUUAUUGAAUGGAAUUUCUACUGAUACAAGAUCUUCUCAAAGUGAUGGUUGGUGGUUUUAUGAUGUGUCUUUGUUAAGCCUACCCUUGUAUAAACGACUCAUUAUAGCAAUUGAAGCAAAAGGAAUGAAAUCUGAUGUUGUUGCUGCAUCUCUCAUAUAUUAUCUUAGGAGGUUUCUCCCCUUAAUGAAUAGGCAAUCAAGCUUCACCGAUAAAGGCCAUGCUACCAUUCCUAGUACUUCCGAAGCAGACCAAAGGGCUCUACUUGAAGAAAUUGUGGAGCUGAUUCCUAAUAAAAGAGGGGUCACAUCCUCAAAGAAUUUGCUUAGGCUGCUUCGCACAGCCAUGAUAUUGAGUGCAAGUCCAUCAUGUAGAGAAAAUUUGGAGAGAAGGGUAGGAGCUCAACUAGACCAGGCUGAACUUGUCGAUCUUCUCAUUCCAAAUAUGGGAUACUCAAUGGAGACACUAUAUGAUAUAGACUGCAUCCAGAGGAUCCUUGAUCAUUUUAUGUCUAUAUACCAGCCUGCAUCUGUAGCAGCUUCUCCAUGUAUAAUUGAACAGGGGGCAUUGAUGGCUGGAGCUGAUGCAUUGACACCUAUGACAAUGGUUGCAAAUUUGCUUGAUGGAUAUCUUGCUGAGGUGGCUUCAGAUACUAAUAUGAGCUUGGCUAAGUUUCAGGCACUUGCUAUUGCAAUUCCAGAUUAUGCUAGGCCACUUGAUGAUGGUGUAUACCAUGCAAUAGAUGUAUACCUUAAGAUACAUCCAUGGCUGACAGAUUCUGAACGGGAGCAACUCUGUAGAUUGAUGAACUGUCAAAAGCUCUCGCUGGAAGCAAGCACUCAUGCAGCACAAAAUGAAAGACUGCCUCUACGAGUAAUUGUUCAAGUCCUGUUUUUUGAACAGCUUAGACUCCGGACAUCUAUAUCUGGAUGGUUUUUUGUUUCUGACAAUCUUGAGAACGGACAUCAGCACAGUGGAAAUGUCCUCCCCAAUGACGAUCUUUGUCAACGGGACACUGCAGAGGGAAAUGAAAACUUGAGGGAACGUCUUUUGGAACUGGAGAAGGAAUGCUCAAGCAUCAGAAGCGAGCUCCAGAAGUUGACUAAGACAAAGAAAAGUUGGAGUAUUUUACCAAAAAGAUUUGGCUUUAGAAAAAAGUCAGAGAGUAGCAAUAGCGGUGAUAUGAAAACACCAACUUCCACUACGAAUGGAAAACCAGAUCAUGGAAAUGGUUGAGAGAUUUCAAUGAACUUCACAAUAGCACAAGUGGAAUUGUGGUCAUCACAACUUUUGGUAUUGCAGAUCCUCAAACAUUCUGUUGUUGCUUUUUGUCUGAUCGUUUUAGUUGAGAUGGUUAUAUAGAGCCAAUGUUUUAGCUCUAUUUAUUUCUUAGUAUGGUACAUACAAACGUGAGAUCCUGUCAGAUUUGAAACACUAGGGUGAUUUAUGGUGCACUUUCCGAUGGGGGCUCUUAGGGGUGUCCAUCCUUUUUUGCCAUUGACAAUGACUCUUGAUUUACCAUAUUUUCUGUCCAUCAACAAAGUGACUAACCCUAUUCAUUCCUUAGCUAACCUGUGUUGAUUAUCUGGAGUAGUUUCUUGUUUGAAGAACCCUUGGCUCACUAAUGGCAAAUACUACCUGUGUAUAUCCAUUUACUCCCGAAGGAUGUGCCUGACCAUGUUGUUUAACGACCACUUGAAUGCGGCAGCAUGCAGAAGUUGCUUGUCGAUUAGGUAGAUAGGUAGAUGGCAUAGACACUGUAAAUACAAAACUACAUGCACAUGCGUAUGGAGUAUAGAAAUAAUGAAUAUAUCUGUAUCUAACAUUUAGUAUUGACCUAACAAUUUUAGUCCUUUCCACGUAAAAACUGAGAAUUGCGAUAGAGAAGAUGAAUAACAUGUUUUGUUCCCUUUUCAAACGUACUUUUCAUAUUAUAAGAUAAGAACGUAUCGCAUUUACUGAGCAGAGAAUGAACGUACUGUGAGUGAUUGGGAACGGCAAUUCAAACAAGCGUGAGAAUGAAAAUCUAUUAUU